GCAAUGCCGUUGUUAGUCGCCAGAAUUCGUCGCCGCAAGUGAUUGAGUAAGAAAAUGUAAAAAAAGUGAAAAGUGGAGGAGCUACUGAAAUGCUAAGUGCGCCGCGAAUAGUGAUCCUGAUCCUUAGUGAAAAAGAUACAGAAAUUGAGUGAAAUUUAUAUUCCAUUAUUUGCAAUUUUCGAAAGCUAAAAGUGUCGGCUGGAACUGAUUUCACGGCAAGGAUAUCAAAAUAAAGAAACCAACAAAAUGCUGUUCAACAUGUGCAAGAACUCGCAGGGUGUUUUUAACAGCGCUUAUCGCAUGCAAUUAUUGGCGGCAGUCAGUGUUACCAUAAUUACGUUUUGCAAUGGCAUCGCCCUUGGUUGGUGCUCGCCCAUUCUGGCCAAAUUACAGUCGCCCACCGAAAACCCCCUUGAUUUUACCGCUACAGUACAGCAAGCCUCAUGGAUCGGUUCAUUGAUUAGCGCCGGCGGUGUGACUGGCAAUCUGCUCUUUGGUGUGCUGUUGGAUCUCAUCGGUCGCAAAGCUUGCAUUUAUCUAAUCGCAAUACCACAUAUGUGCUUCUGGGUGUUAGUCUAUUUCGCGCCAUCCAUUGAAUACCUGUACGCUGCGCGUUUCGCUUCCGGCAUGACUGGAGGUGGUACUUGGGUCGUAAUACCGAUUUUCAUCGGGGAAAUCGUAGAUCCAACUAUACGCGGUCGCCUCACCUCAUUGUUCACGCUCUUCCUCAAUGUUGGCAUGUUGACUGGCUAUAGCCUCUCUUCAUAUGUACCAUACCAUAUUAUACCAAUUGUGGCGAUUGUGUUACCCCUGCUCUAUUUACUAAUCGUAACUUAUUUCCCCGAAUCGCCUUCGUAUCUGCUGCAUUGCGGAAAAGAGGAGGAAGCAGAGAAGUCAUUGAAAUUCUACUCGAACUAUACAGCUUCAACUAAACUGGAGAUUGAGAAAUUCAACGUUAAAUAUGCGGAAUUGAAAACUGCCGUACAACAACAAAAAUCACAAUCGGACGCGGUCACACUGCGCGAUUUCUUCACGAAGCGCUCUUUACGCGCCUUGCUCAUCGCCAAUACGGUCUUCUUCAUUAAUGUAGCAACCGGCAGCUUUACGUUGCUCAGCUACAUGUCCACCAUCUUUGUGGCUGUUAAAACCGAUAUUCAUCCCGACACGAAUACCGUCAUCAUCGGUGUGGUUCAAAUUUUAGGCGCCUAUAUCGCUAUCAUUUUGGUCGAUCGUUUUGGGCGCAAAGUGUUACUCAUGAUCUCCUCAGCUUCCAUCGGUAUUUGCUUGGCUGCCUUCGGUACGUACGCAUUUUUCGUGGAAGAAACAAGUGUGGAUUUAACAUCAUUUAGCUCGUGGUUGCCACUCGUACUCAUGGCUCUGAUUAUACUCACGGCAAAUUUGGGCGUUAUACCAAUUCCUGCAGUAGUUGCCGUCGAGAUUCUACCACCAAAGAUUCGUGCAAAGGGUAUAUCGUUUAGCGUAGCAUUGCUGAGUUUCUUCUCUUUUGUCCAACUGAAGGUCUUUCCACCAUGUAUGGAAGCUUUCGGGUUGGCGGCGACUAUUUGGACUUGUGCGGCAUUCGCGGCCUUAGGUCUAUUAUAUACAACAAUAUUUUUGCCAGAGACGAAGGGAAGGUCCAUGAACAUAGACGAAGACUAAUUGACAACUUAACGUAUCAGCUUAUCAUAUCAUAUUUAUAAAAAUAUGAUGGAUAUUUGUGUGGGAAUAUAUAGCUUUCUCUAACUCGAAGGAAGAAGGAGCACUUGGCGUCCACAAGUCAAAAAUUGUAUUCGAAAAUAAAUCAAACAUAUAGAAAUGUUUUCGGCUUAGGCUGUGAACUUUGACAUAACUUUAUCCAUUAGCUGCAGGCCAUUAAAACCAGAGAAAAUAUAUAUGCUCGCAACGCGUGCCAAAUACAGUGUCUAAGUGAAAAUGUCUGAUGACCCUCAGACCUACCGAACAACCGGAGCAACAUGCAGCAACAAAAAUACGACGCACGGAAGUGUACUUGAAUGAUUUUAAGUGGAAAUGUAAACAAAAGGAACUUUUACGAAAAUUCGUUGUUUUGUUUCCUGUUUGUGUAUAUAUGUAUGUAUAUAUAGGAGGACUGUUGUUGAUGUAGUACAACAAUUGCAAUGACUUCAAGUCAGCAUUUAUGUGAAUAUGUUUGUUUAUAAAGCUCGUUGUUUUUGUUGCACUGAAA